CCUUGCCAACACUUUUUCUGCAGAGGCUGCAUAACCAUGCACUGGCAAGAGUUUGGUAGUUGCGUCUGCCCUCACUGCAGUACUGUGUUUGAAGGGGACAACUUCCGAACCAACAAGUUGCUGAACAAUAUCACAGAGUAUCUGCAGCAGAGGCAAUUGAUGGCAACGGAGAUGCAUUCUUACCCUCUGUGUACAGAACACCAGAAGAAGCUGGAGCGUUUUUGUAUCACCGACACUGAAGUAAUUUGCCUGGAUUGUCGGGAUUCCAGGAAGCAUCUUCACCAUGAGGUGCUCAAUGCCCAAGAAGCAGCAGGAGAAUUUAAGGAGCAGCUAAAGAAAUCCCUGAAGAAUCUGUCCCACAAGAGAGACCAGCAGAACUCGAUUAUAGAAAACUUUGAAGCUCAGCUCAAUGCGAUUCCAGAGAAGACCAAGGCAGUGGAAGAGCAAAUCAAGAAGAGCUUUGGCAAGUUGCAUGCCUUCCUGUAUGAAGAAGAGAAUGCCCUGCUACGGAAACUUCAUGAAGAUGAGGAGCAACUAAGACAGAUCCUGGAGCAGCGCAUCCAGAUUAUCAAGAAUGACCUACAGUUGCUGACCACUGGAGUAGAUGAAAUAGAAAAGAGCAUUGAAGAGGGAGAUGAAAUCUCUUUUCUGAUGAAACUGAAAAAAAUGCAGGAAAGGACCAAUAUCCCAAGUAAAGAUGUGGACCUGUCCCCUGUGGCAUUAAGUGAUGACCAGUAUGCUGGGCCACUGCAGUACUGGAUCUGGAGGAAGAUGCUUAAUAUUCUCGAAUUAACUCCAGAACCAGUUAAAUUAAACCCUGAGACUGCCUGCCCCUUCUUGAUCCUUGAUGGACAGACAAGAGUGCGUUGUGGUGACAAGAAACGAUCAGUGCCUGACCUUCCUGAGAGGUUUGACCCUGCUGCAUGUGUUCUGGGCAACACUGGAUUUGACUCUGGAAGAUACUAUUGGGAAGUGGAUGUUGGUAUAAAGACUGAGUGGGGGUUGGGUGUGGCAAAGGAUUCUGUGACUUGAAAGGGGGAAGUAAAA